CCGCAACUGGUUAUUUGUUUUCGGAAAGCCUCGACGAACGGAUCUUGGCGUAUUAUAGUUACAGCGGGGAUCACUUUCGCUUUUCGUGUUGUCUGAUCCAGUGGUUCCAGUGUUGAGUGCGAUACAACAGACCUGACAAGGAUAUCAGUACAAGCGGGUUCGUCGCGUGUGGCUGUUGAAGUUCUUUAGUUCAACGGCAGAGCAAAGAGAUAGUGGCAAUCUAGAGCAGUGUCAACCAGUGAACUUUUCACGCCUUACUGCAGGACGAGGUCGAAAGUUUGAAGAGCAUGAAGAACAUGUUAUUACUGAUUCCCCUAGUGGGCCUCGUGUCGCUAUCAACCGCCCAGUAUGGUCCGGCACCACCCCGGAUCAACAUCCCCGGUGCCAUCCCGCUGCCAGUAGUACGUGGCAUACCGAUCCGCGAGGAGCGAGUGCUUCCCCAGCAACCCCAGGUCCUUCGCGUGCGUCGGCCGGGUCCAGGACCAGUCCGCCCCGCGAUUCCCAACUCGAUCCAAUACUCCACCCCCAAGUUCCUCGAGCCGGAAGCGAAACCCGUUACCGAAGACCACGAAGAACACGAACUCUCCCAACCCUUCAUUCCAAUUCUCCACACCUCCCCCGCCCCCCAACAGCACUCCAUCCCUGAUGAUCAUGACGAACGUGACAUUCAACAGAACAUCCUUUCCCGCUUCAACUCACAGGAGAACCGACCCGCCCCCAUCGCACGUGCCCAGAUUCCGGAGCGUUUCUUCGCCACCGACAAGGAUAUUUCUUCCAACGCGCAGCGUUUCGCCCUAACCUCGGAACGGCCAUCAGCCCCGGUGCCAGCCCCAAAGCAGUACCGUCCAGCGCCCCAGCAGGUGAUCUCUCGACCGGCCCCUGUUCGCCACCAGCAGCCACAACACUUUGAAGAUGAGCAGCGACCACAUACCCGCCAGCAGCAGGAAGAUGAGCGCCGUCGCAAGCCUGUGGCACAGAUCCUGCGCAAGUGGCGCGAAGAACACGAGGACGGUACGAUCACCUGGGGCUUCGAAAAUGAUGAUGGCUCGUUCAAGGAGGAAACCAUCGGAAUCGAUUGCGUCACCCGUGGAAGCUACGGUUAUGUCGAUCCUGAUGGCGAGAAGCGCGAAUACAACUACGAAACGGGCAUCCAGUGCGACCCGAACAAGCGUGACGAGGAAGAUGAGGAGGAAUUGGAAGAAGAACUACAGCAGAAAAAUGUCCCUGCCAAGGUGAAACGACCUCAACCACAGCAGCAGCAGCAACAGCAAUACUAUAGAAACUAAGACAUAUCUCAAAGGCUCUGUCGCCAUUUAGGUACAGUGAGCUAAAUAAAUAACAACUGCUCGAAGAGUAGAGAUUUCUCAAGAACAAGCAAGCCAACAGUAUCUUCAGUUUGAAUUGCAUACAGCUGUAUUUUCGUCAUUAGGAUUGUAUUUAUUUUACACUUACGACUUAAGAUUUCUAAUAAAAAGAAAAACGUUUUCCUUUAAGAAAAAAAGAAGAAGAGAUGAUUCACUCAA